AGCAUUUUCAAUUAGCAUAAACAAUUGAUAAAUUUUUCCGGCAAGAUCCGAUCUUACCGGAUUUGAAAGGAGAGGAAAUGAUCGGUAAGAAUUCUUAAAAGAUGAAGAGCACAUUUAUCUUGUUCAUUUUCCCGUCCAAAACAUUCUUCCACAAGCGCAAAAAGUCGAUUUACGUAUCAAUAUGAAUCACUAGAUUGGAUAUUGUUUGCUUUUUUCUCUCCUUAUUGCGAUAAUCUGUGCACAAGGCUGCUCAAGAUCGGAUUUUUGUCGAAAUUUCUUGGUUAUUGUGUGUAGCCUUUGAUUAAUUGGAUGUAUGUAUAGAAAUUGAUGUGAAUUUGAUCAGUUGGAGAAAAUUAGGGUUUGUGAUUUGGUUUUAGGGAAAUUUAUGUUUUAGAUUGAUUAGAAUUAGGGCUUUUGGAUUUUGAGGAUAGGGGAAGAAUUAGUGAGUAAAACUGGGGAAAAUGAGUUUGAGUGCUGCUGAGGAAGAAUCAGCAGAGGAAGAAAUCCACAUUCCAGCAGAUAUAGAAUGGAAAAUGUUGGAUAAAUCCAAGUUCUUCUUUCUCGGGGCAGCGUUGUUCUCUGGUGUCUCGGCUGCGUUGUACCCGAUGGUGGUGCUGAAGACGCGGCAGCAGGUGUCUCAGUCGAGUGUUUCUUGUGUUAGGACGGGGGUUUGGAUCAUGAGGUAUGAAGGGCUUCGCGGAUUGUAUAGGGGAUUUGGGACUUCCCUGACCGGGACUAUCCCUGCUCGAGCUGUAUACAUGACUGCACUUGAGGUUACUAAGAGUAAUGUGGGAACCACUGCGACGAGGCUUGGGUUGCCUGAGCCUAGUGUGGCGGCUGUGGCCAACGCGGCUGCUGGAUUGAGCGCUGCCAUGGCUGCACAGGUGGUGUGGACGCCCGUUGAUGUGAUCAGCCAGCGGCUGAUGACACAGGGGAGCGGUGGUGGCUGUAAAUACGCGAGUGGGGUGGAUGCGUUUGGGAAGAUUUUGAGGACGGAUGGGGUCAGAGGGCUGUAUAGAGGGUUUGGGAUCUCGAUCCUGACUUAUGCACCGAGCAAUGCUGUUUGGUGGGCGUCUUAUUCGAUGGCGCAGAGGGUGGUUUGGAACGGGGUGGGGUGUAUGCUCUGCAGGAGCGGGGAGGAGAGGGUCGAGAAUGGUGGGCUGAGGCCGGACGCCAAGGCUGUGAUGGCGGUUCAAGGGGUGAGUGCUGCCAUGGCUGGAGGGGUGUCGGCCUUGAUCACAAUGCCGUUGGACACCAUCAAGACGCGCCUGCAGGUCUUGGAUGGGGAGGAGAACGGGAGGAAGGGACCGAGCUUUUGGCAGACGGUGAGGAGCCUAGUGAGGGAGGGUGGAUGGACUGCUUGCUACAGAGGACUGGGGCCGAGGUGCGCCUCCAUGUCUGUCUCUGCAACGACGAUGAUCACCACCUACGAGUUCUUGAAACGCCUCUCGGCUAAGAAUCAAGGAGCUCUAACAUGACAGAGAGAAAACACACACACAUAUGAGAUUUCUUUCUCAUUCUGAUUUUGGCUUUUUUUUUUUCCAUUUUAACCUCUUUUUUUUUCAUGUUUUUGUGUUGAUUUCUUUUCUGUUUGUAAAUAUCUACGGAGUCGUCCCCAAAGAUGAGACGACUAGUGUAAGGCCUUUUUCCCUUUGUAAGAUAUCACGAACUCUAGAGUUUGGUUCGUUAUAAGUGAAAGUAGAACUCAUAAACUUUUAG